AGAUUUAAACAGAGCAUUCAAUCGUUCUUCGUGUUUCAACGGGAAACAGAAAAACAACGAUCAUCAUGUUCAAAUACCUGGUGGUGUUCGGCCUCUUGGCCAUCGUAAAUGUCUGCUACGCCGGCUUGAUCGCACCUGCGAUCGCACCAGCAAUUGCCAUCGCUCCCGCUAAAACUGCGUGGGCUGCUCCUGCCUGGGGUGGUGCCGGAUGGGGUGGUGCCGGAUGGGGUGGUGCUGGAUGGGGUGGUGCUGGUUGGAAUGGUGCCGGCGGAUGGGGUGGUGCUGGAUGGGGUGGCGCUCCCCUUGGAUUAGGACUUAAGUUAGGCUAAAUCUCUUUUAUAUUGAUAAAAAACUCGCCACUACCCCAUCACUAUACACAUCGCAGAAUGUACUUCGCCUUUAAUAUCGGAUACAUACAAAUUAUUUGUUGAUUUCGCAAUUCUCCCUGAAUUCGAUAUUCGCAAAAUUCUUUUCUUUUUCUAUUAGAACAUCUUUCCUCCUUCCCAUUUGAAAUUGUUGACAAAUUGUUGAUAAGCGCCGCGACAAAAAAAAAAAA